CGAACGCGGGAACCCAUUUUCUUACUGUCGUGCUUCCCUCUUUCUUAUUCUCUUCUUCCUCCCUCUCUCUCUCUCUAAAAUUCGAAAUCUCCUUUGAAGUUUUCUCCUCACACGCUCUCUCCCCAUCUGUGGCUUCGCCAUGACUUCUUCAGCUUCUUCCACGGUGCGAUCGUCGGCGAAAUCCGCGGCGGAGAGGAUUCAGCAGCAGUUGCCGCCGAGCAAUCACGCCGCUUCUCUCUCUUUUUCUUCCCUGAACUUGCCGUCUUCGAGGAGCUCCGGCGUUGUCGGCGGCGGAGGAAACCACUCUUCUCGCCCUAAGGACCGUCCCUCCUCCUCCUCUUCUUCCUCUUCCUCCGCCGCCGUCGUCUCGACACGGCGGUCCAAAACCCCCGUCCGUCGCUCCCAGUCAAAAGACUUCGAUGACGACAAUGAUCCUGGGAGGGUGAGAGUUGCUGUAAGGGUUCGACCCCGAAAUGCGGAGGAGCUUCUCUCGGAUGCCGACUUUGCUGAUUUUGUUGAAUUGCAGCCAGAGAUAAAGCGGCUUAAGUUGAGGAAAAACAACUGGAGUUCCGAAUCCUACAGAUUUGACGAAGUCUUUUCAGAAACUGCUUCGCAGAAGCGUGUCUACGAAGGUGUAGCAAAGCCCGUAGUUGAGGGUGUUUUGAGUGGAUACAAUGGCACAGUUAUGGCUUACGGUCAAACUGGUACAGGUAAAACUUACACUGUUGGAAGAAUCGGCAGAGAUGAUACUGCCGAGCGUGGUAUUAUGGUUAGAGCUCUGGAGGACAUAAUUUCAAGCACAUCUUCUGCUUCUGAUAGUGUGGAGAUCUCUUAUUUGCAGCUAUAUAUGGAAUCUAUACACGAUCUUCUUGCACCUGAGAAAAACAACAUUUCAAUAAAUGAAGAUCCAAAGACUGGGGAAGUGUCAGUACCAAGCGCUACAGUCGUUAGAAUCCAAGAUUUAGAUCACUUCUUGCAGGUUUUGCAAGUCGGUGAGACAAACCGUCAUGCAGCUAACACAAAGCUAAAUACAGAAUCCUCACGUAGUCAUGCAAUUCUUAUGGUUUACGUUAGGCGGACGAUGCAUGAUAAGGCUGCAGAGGGAAUGAAAUCUCGCGAUAAAGAGACAAAAGCUGAACUGCCAGGAGAUAAAGGCAUUCCCAGAGUUCGAAAGAGCAAGCUGCUAAUUGUGGAUCUUGCUGGGUCUGAAAGAAUAGAUAAAUCUGGCACCGAAGGCCACUUGAUUGAGGAGGCUAAAUUCAUUAAUCUUUCAUUGACUUCCCUUGGCAAAUGCAUAAAUGCAUUGGCAGAAGGAAGUGCUCAUAUACCAACAAGAGAUUCUAAGCUGACUAGACUUCUUCGUGAUUCUUUUGGGGGUUCAGCGAGGACCUCACUGAUCAUAACAAUUGGACCAUCUGCACGAUAUCAUGCAGAGACCAGUAGCACAAUAAUGUUUGGACAACGGGCAAUGAAAAUAGUAAACAUGGUAAAGCUUAAAGAGGAGUUUGAUUAUGAAAGUUUAUGCCGGAAGCUUGAGACUCAAGUGGACCAUCUUACUGCAGAAGUUGAAAGACAAAACAAACUAAGAGUUAGUGAAACACAUAAUUUGCAGAAAAAGUUGAGAGAGUGUGAAAACGCUCUCAUUGAAGCAGAAAGGAAUGCAGUCACAAGGUCUGAGUUUCUAGAGAAAGAAAAUGCCCGCCUGGAACUCCGGAUCAAAAAACUCUUAAAUGAAUUGCAGUUGCAGAAAGAUCAGUAUGAUCUGAUGCAUGACAAAGCCAUACAAUUAGAGAUGACUUUGAAACAAACCAAGCAGCAACAGCUUGAAAAUUCAGCAUAUCAGAAGCAAUUUGCAGAUGCAUCUCAAGUAUAUGAGACAAAGAUAGCUGAGUUGGUUCAGCAGGUUGAAGAUGAACAGGCUCGGUCAACACACGCUGAGCAUCAGUUGAAUGAAAUGAAAAAUCUUUUAAGUACUCAGGAAACGUCUAUUCAUCAACACGAGAUGGACAACUACCAAUAUCAAAGGGAACUUGCAGAAACCACUUACACAUAUGAAACUAAAAUUGCAGAACUGCAGAAGCAAUUAGAGGAUGAAUAUGCUCGGUCUAAGGAUUCUGAAGAACAACUUGGGCAAAUGAAAAAGCUUCGAAAUGAUCAUCAAGAUCCACAAGAGAAUGAUGAGGUAACCAAACUUAGGGCGAAACUAGAAGAUCUUUCACAACAGCAUGAAUCAACAGUGGAUGAAUUCGAGACCAUGAAAUUAGACUAUGAUGAUAUGCUUCAGCAAAAGGAGAAACUCAGUGUAGAAGUUCAGGAUUUGAAGCAAAAACUUCUUUUGGAAGAAAAGCAGAGGAAACAAAUGGAGAGUGAACUUGUCAAACUAAAGAAGAAUCUAAGUGAAAGUGAAAACGUUGCAGAGGAGAAGCGACAUAUUAAGGAAGAGCUUUUGAAAGUAUCAUCAGAAUCUGGAGCUCCAACUGGUUCACAGAGAUCACACAUCUUAAAAAAGUCGCUGUCUGGUCAAAGAGCCACCAUUGCAAGACUUUGUGAAGAAGUUGGGAUUCAGAAGAUAUUACAACUCAUUAAAUCCGAAGACUUAGAAGUUCAAAUUCAUGCUGUGAAAGUGGUGGCAAAUCUUGCUGCUGAAGAAAAUAAUCAGAUGAAGAUAGUGGAGGAAGGGGGUGUAGAUGCUUUGCUUAUGCUGCUACAAUCAUCACAAAAUUCUACAAUUCUUAGAGUGGCGUCUGGAGCAAUUGCCAACUUAGCAAUGAAUGAGAAGAGUCAAGAUCUUAUAAUGAAUAAAGGAGGUGCUCAGCUACUAGCAAAGAUGGCAUCAAAAACAGAGGAUUCUCAGACACUAAGAAUGGUUGCUGGUGCACUUGCUAAUUUAUGCGGGAACGAAAAGUAUCUUAUGCUAUUGAAAGAAGAGGGAGGCAUCAAGGCCCUACUCGAGUUGGCGCUGUCUGGGAACAGAGAUAUCGUUGCUCAAGUGGCCAGAGGGAUGGCGAACUUUGCAAAGUGUGAAACCCGGGAAAUAAUGCAAGGACGUAGAAAAGGGCGUUCCCUUCUUCUGGAAGAGGGUGCCCUUGAAUGGUUGACUUCGAACUCACACAUCGAUUCAGCAUCAAGCCAACGGCAUAUCGAGCUCGCGCUCUGCCAUUUAGCUCAAAACGAGGACAAUGCGAAGGAUUUCAAAAGCACGGGAAGCGUAACAGAGAUCGUGAGGAUAUCGGUUGAGUCAAGUAGAGACGACAUACGCAGUUUAGCAAAGAAGAUUCUGAGAUCAAACCCUUAUUUCUCGAGCUGAAACCACCAAAAAAAAAAGAGACACAGAGGUAACAAGUCUAAGGAAGCUGUGUACAUAACAUAACUGAUGGAGCAGCAAAACCGUAGCUGACUAAGAGAGUAACAUUGGGUUUUUGUUUUGGAGAAGCUUUUCACAUGAAAAGAAUAUAAGAUCGCCUUCGUGAUUAUGAUUAUGCUUUUGUUUUAAUCUUGUUUUGGUGAAAGUGAGUCAUCAUAUAUAACAUCUUGUAAGAGGAAAAUAUCGUACAAGAUGUCUGGAAAUGUAUUACGUUAUCAUCUUGUAAGGACUCCACCACCUUUACUCUUUGUAUUACUUUGCUCAGGCUGGUAUUUAUACAUAUAUUAUGUGGUGUUUGAUUUGAA